GGCCCUCCUAUAUUUGUAGAGACGGCGCGUAACUUGAGACGGCAAGCAGGUCCGUCCUCCUUGCCAUUCCACUACUCACCCUACCACAUCGAACUAAGUAUAGCCGAGCUAUUUCGACACCAUGGAUGCCUCAAAUGUGCCAGGUCACCAUCAACAACAGCAGCAGCAGCAGCAGCAGCAACAACAAGAACAACAACAACAACAAGGUAGGCCGCAACAACCGGCCUACGACACCAGACAUGGAGGACACUAUGGAGCAAGCGCUGCGCUCUCCGCGCAAGGUUUUGCCCCGGCUGAACUAUACACUGGACCCUGGGCGAAUGUUCACCAGGGAUUGACCGGCCAGUACAAGGACAUUCUCACUACGUACUGGCAGCAGACAAUCAACCAUCUAGAAAGCGACACGCACGACUACAAGCUUCACCAACUACCACUUGCAAGAAUCAAAAAGGUUAUGAAAGCAGACCCAGAAGUGAAAAUGAUAUCUGCGGAAGCUCCCAUUCUCUUUGCCAAGGGCUGCGACAUCUUCAUCACGGAGCUUACUAUGCGCGCCUGGAUACACGCUGAGGAGAACAAGCGACGGACAUUGCAGCGAUCUGACAUUGCAUCGGCUUUAGCGAAGUCGGACAUGUUUGAUUUCCUCAUUGAUAUAGUUCCGCGCGAAGAGGCAUCCUCUCAUACCAAACGGUCGGGAGGGCAAACAGCCUCUGCGCAGCCAGGCCUGCCCCCAACUGCUGCUGGGUCCCAACUACCUGGUCAGCAUGUGCCUCAGCCGUCUAGCCAUCCGUCCUCCCAUGCCAUGGCACCUUCGGAUUAUGGACUUAAUAACCAUGCCAUCACAUCCGAUCAGGAUUUCCGGCAGGGCCCAAAUAUGUAUCCAGGGCCAGUGCAAGGUAAUCCAUCCGCCUAUGGUCAGACCCAGCCUCCCAUGUAUGGUGAGAUUGAGGGCAUGUAUGGCUAUGGGGCCAUGCAAACUCAACAGGUAAGCUUCCAGUACAAAAGUGAGUCUCCACCGGGUCUUUUCAGUUCUCUAACAAGAAAACAUGUUAGGCUCCGAUGUCCUCGGAGGAGUUUGAAUAAGUUAAAGAGUUGGGCAGGUCUCUCAUCGGGGAUGCCCAAAGGUCUGGUAUCUCACAGCGACUGAUCUUUAAACGAAACCCGGAAAUAAGCUGCUUAAUCAUACGGGAAUCCGGGGACCCGGAAAAGGAGAACGGGGGGGUUGGGGAAGCCAGGAAUGUGGCGUCAUGGCGUUGAAUGUGAUAUGGAAUCAGUGGUAGUCGAGCCUGGUCAACAAGGUGCCACCGUUACGAGCGAACCAUAGUAAUGUCCGGAUACUAUAGGUCAUCGACGCCAUCGUUAGUGGAUUGGCGUUCGGCUUUUGAAAUCAUUUCAUCAUUCCAAACCGAGACGAGAAAUUGGAAAGUGGUGCCGCCCGGUUUGUCGAUGGAGCUUGUGACGUUAAUUUUUCGAGAAGCAUCGGUCCGUUAAUAGCAUC